AAGACAUGGGGGCAUGCAUCUCUCUCAUUCUAUCCUCUCUCUGUCUACAUUGCAAAAUGGAGGCAAAAUAUGUAUGCAUUUCGUUCUUCAUUUUGUUUGGUUUUGUAAGAUCAGAUAUAGCCAAAGAUAGAGACCAAUGUGCAAAUCAAUUAGUAGGUCUAGCUACAUGUCUUCCCUACGUUGGAGGUGAAGCUAAAGCUCCAACACUCGACUGUUGCACCGGCCUCAAACAAGUUCUUCAUACGAGCCCCGAAUGCAUAUGCAUCUUGGUUAAGGAUAGAAAUGAUCCGAGCCUCGGCCUCAAAAUUAAUGCAACACUUGCAUUAGGCCUUCCGACUCGAUGUCAUGCGCCUGCUAAUAUAUCCGAUUGUCCCGCUCUCUUGCACUUGGCACCAAAUUCACCGGAUGCGAAGGUAUUUGAGGAUUUUGCAAGAAGUGCCAAGAAAAGCAAUAGUACUACAAUUGCCCAAGUUACAGGGAAUUCCACUAGCAAGGGAGCAAGCGCUGAUGAAAAGAGCAAUGGGGGAAAAAGGAGAAGUUUAGGGCUCUUGCUUACAAUUGUGCUUUAUAUUUUGCCCAAUCUUUAAUAAUUUAAUAAGACUUUAUGUUUAUUCUGGUUUUCAAAAAUUAUUUAUUAUGCCAUUAAUUUGAAAAUAGAGAAAAUGUCACAUUUAUUAUAAAAAAAUUUCAUAGAGAGUGCUUUUGUAAGCUGCCAUGUUUGUGUAA